AUGGCUCCCCCAUCUCCUCAAUUCUCUGCUUAUCCAGAGGAUGAAAUUCUCUCUUCUUCUCCUCCCCGUCUCACAAUUUCUGAUCAAUUCCCAUCCGCUUCUUCCCCAAGCUUUAGAGAUUCAUCUUUGAAAGAUUCUCCCACUGCUGCAGGAAUCUCAGCAGACACUAUUCCUGCUACUGUUAUGGACAGCUCUCUAGUUCGACUUCCUAGGAUGCGUGCCCCUCCAGUUACUGCUCAGGAAACUCCUGUUAGACCAUCAACCUCUGAAUCUAAUGAUGAGGAUGGGUUUAGCAUCAUUACACCUGAUCAAUACAGUGGAUAUGUUGAUGAUGGCUCUGGCUAUAUGACUAGGAGCUUGAUGGACAUCGUUGAGGACUCAUUCAGACCAUCACUCGACGGUCAUCGAUACUCCCCCGAAGCCUCGGAGUUUGAGACCGAUCAGCAAGAUAAUGAAGAUGACAAAGCUCUUCUUUCCUCAUCGAUUCUGAGCCAAAUUAGUGAUCUCACUGCCUCUGAUAUCAAUGCUUCUUUUUUUAUUGCUCCUAUCGACGAUGAUGAUGAUGCUGCACCGUCAAUUCCGCAAACUCAUCCUCUCGGAGAUGACUUUUGGGAGAAUUUUAGAAGGAGUGCUCAGCUUGUGCCUGUGCUGGAUUAUGCUCCGCUGGAUCAGAUCGAAGAGGAUUCCUGUGAGGGCUUCAGAAGCAGUUCUGUGCUUGAGCAUGCUCUUCAGCGUUCUCCACCACCAGAGCGGGUUGGAGAGGAGUAUGGCGAGGCUAGUACCAUUAUUCAGACUACGGUACCUGAUACUAAAGAGGAUACUGCUUCAGUGGCUGCUGUUGAUGGUAGUGGUGAGCAUAAGUCGAGGGCUGCUACUGUUGAAUAUGCAUCCGAAUCUGAGUCUGAAUCUGGGUCGGCUUCUCAUGCUCAUUCCGAGUUUGAGGAUCAAUCUAUUCCAGAAAUUCAAAAAACCGAUAAUUCCACUCAGUCAAAAGAAACGCCAUCUCUUCCACCUCAUUUGAGGAUGAACGUUGGACAACCCUCUGCACGCCCCACUUCUGAGUCGGGGGAGUCCAGCGUGAGUUCCAAGUCAGCUGGAAGCACCAGUGAAAUUGACAGAGAAGCCUCAAUCAGGGAACUGAUUGAGUCCAUCUAUAUCGAUGAGAUUGCUCUACUCGCAACCGUUUUAUAUUCCGUGUACACGGAAAUCCCUGAACACCGCGUGGAUUGUUCCGUAGACCCAAACCCCAGAAUCGGCUCGAAAAACUUGUUAUAUACAGUCAAGUUGUCCAGCAAUGCGCGCGUUGGUGAAAUUAGACCAGCCAAAUGGCUUGUACGGAUCCCUCUUUCUGCUCGCAAUUUCAGUGCGUCAGACAGAUAUUGGCUCGAGUCUGAUAUUAAGGCAAUGACCUUCAUCAAAGAGAAGACGGAUAUUCCAGUUCCGUGCAUUUUUUCGUAUGACUUGUACGAAGAUAAUUGUCUCGGCGUGCCUUUUAUCUUGAUGAGCUGUAUGAAGGGCGGAAAAGUCGAUGACCUGUGGGGCGUCUGGAACGACGAGCAAAAAAUGCGUUGUCUUUCUCAAUGCGCUGAGCAUAUGAGCAAGUUGAGCAGAUUUCCCUUUGAUAAAAUUGGGGUUAUCGCUGUCGACUACGUGCAAGAAAAGCUUAUCAUCAAUGGUAAACCGCAUCAACUCACUGGUGGAGGCGCCGUCAUCAGUGGACCAUUUACCUCCACGAAAGCUUACCUAGACGACAUCUGGGUGAGAGAGAUCAAGAAGGUGCGAGGCAGCACCGAGACUGAGGAGGUCAAGGCCAGAAAUCUUCUUCUUUUACUGAAACUCCUAACUGGAGCCCUUGUCGAGCCUGUCAGAGAGAAGUUUUAUCUUUCUCCACCUGAGCUUGGAGGUGGAAAUGUUCUUGUGGACUUUGAAGGAAACGUCACUGGGUUCGUCGGUUGGGAGCAAAUCGGCAUUCUUCCCAAGGACAUGGGCUAUGCUAGGUAUCCAGAAUGGAUUACCGAAGAUUGGGUCCCUCCGAUGAAAAAUAAACCUGUUUCGAGUGAAUCCCUCAAUAAUUCAAGACGUUUCAGGCCGGCAGAAGCUUCUUCGACCAAUGGAAAGGCAUCUCAGGUUGUUACCGGGGGGAAUCUUGAUCAGCUUCGCAACUUUGUCUACCUUGAGUAUGAAGACCCUCCGGCUUAUUUCUCAGGCAAGCAAAACUAUUCAUCGGAGGAGGUCGGCGAUGGCGCUGCUGAUCUUAGAGAUGAAUCAGCUACGGAAGCCACUGAUGAUAAAGCCAUCCAUGAUCUGAUUGGCGAAGGGGCUGGUCCAUCUGAGGUUUCUGGUCCAUCUAUGGAGACUGCUCAGAAAUUAGAAAAGCCAAAUAAAAUGCCUAAUUAUACUAGUGUCGAAUGUAACGGUACUCCCCACGAGUAUGAAAAGUGGAAGUAUAGGAAGACGGAGAACGGGGGUAGCAGAUGUUAUGGAGGCAUGAGAUACCGUAAUAAGCGUGGAUACACAACACGUCAGCAUAAUCGCAAUCGUAAAAGUUUCGACGAAGCCGCCGAGCUACAAAAGGCUACAACCAGUGAAGAGAAAGCCAAGGUUCACACACUAUCUCAGUGGAACUCAUUGUCUGACCAACUCAAAAGGAAGGAUAUUCAGCAGAGAGAGGAGAGGAAGAGAGAAUGGUACUCGAAAAAAGAGUCGGAAAAAAAAGCGGCAAUCGAGCAGGCUAGUGCCAUACCACCGAUGGUUGAAACCUUUAAGAAGGUUGUCGUAGGCCCAGGCCAGACGAGGAAACUCGUUGAAGUUACCAGGACUUACAGGGGCGAGCAGGCCGAGACCUUUUCCGACGAGAUGGCCCGCUACCGGACCAUGUAUGAUGACUUUUUCUUGGAACUAUCCCUUGAAGAUUCACAAGCUACAAGAUCGUCACUCGUAUCCACAGCUCUUUAUGUAGCCCUGAAAAAUGAUGCUGUUAGGUCACAUAUCGUCCCUAAGUUGGCCAAGGAGGUCUUUGGAAACAGCGUUGGUCCCAAUAUCUUGACUAUGGUCGGAAACGGCCCAUGGGCACAAAAGCUACUGGCAAAACUCGAUGACCACAGCUUCGCCAGCGGAAACUCCGAACCUGAGGAUACGAAGCUGCAAGAGGGAAAGACAAUUUAUAUCUACUGCCUUGAGCUGGUAGCAAUCUUUACAAUUGUAGCAAUUUCUUCCGUGGCCUGUUGGUGGCUUGGUUUGAAUAACCUCAACCCCGACAAGCUUACUGAAUUGGAAAAAAUACUUAUUUUUAUGUCCGCUUUUUUUUUCGUAACGACCGCAUUCCUCUCCUACUGGCUACUCUCUGCGGAAUCGAGGAGGGAUUACGAAGAAGAAGAAGAAGAAGAAGAAGAAGAAUAG